UUGUUUUGCAUAUUUUCUCAUUUUUUAGUUCGAUCUCCGCCGAAGCUGGAAACCGAGUCGCCAGCCGUCGUUUGGUUCCACAUUCCCAGCACUGGAAGUCCACCAAAGUUUUCCCUGAAAUGCAGCGCGAAAGGAGAUCCAGAGAAGUACACUUGGUACAAGAAUGGAGUUUUGUUUCCUAUCGACGAAACGCGAAUCGUAUGGCAAAGACCUGGCCAAUCGGGCACGGUGACUUUUCUUCACCCCGAGGAAAGCGACCAAGGAUUUUACCAGUGCAACGUUUCAAACAUUUUUGGCGUCGCCAUGUCGAACAUAUUCGAGGUGAAGGUUGGAGGUAAGAGAAAUGUGAAGAAGACAGAUGAAGAGGCGUGUGUGAAUUCUGAAAUUUCAGUGCUCGACCAUUUCUCAAGUAGGCCAGUUCAGAACAUACCGGUCAACGAGGGCGAUUCUUUAACGCUUAAUUGCACGAAGCCGCUCGGCAUUCCAGAGCCUACCAUAUUCUGGUUGUACAGAGACGUAAAAAAGAGCUAUGCGAUGGACACCGUGAAUCGCAAACACAUAACCGGUAUAAGUGGGACAUUUGAUUGACA